UUCAGCUUGCAGAUCUACAAGGUGUGGUGGAACACUUCUGGCUUAUAGUCCAAUGCCAAGUGUGUGACUUGUGGCUACAUGACUCUCUGAAAGAUAAGAACAAUGUUAUGCUGGGGAUAUUGGUCUCUGGGCCAACCUGGUAUCAGCACCAACCUGCAAGGAAUUGUCACUGAACCCCAGGUGUGCGGAUUCAUAUCUGACAGGAGCGUCAAGGAGGUGGCCUGUGGGGGCAACCACUCCGUGUUCCUGCUGGAGGACGGGGAAGUUUACACGUGUGGUUUGAAUACCAAAGGGCAGCUGGGCCAUGAGAGGGAAGGAAAUAAGCCAGAACAAAUUGGAGCGUUGGCAGAUCAGCACAUCAUUCAUGUGGCGUGUGGUGAGUCCCACAGUCUGGCCCUCAGUGACAGAGGCCAGCUGUUUUCCUGGGGUGCAGGCAGUGACGGUCAACUAGGGCUCAUGACUACCGAGGAUUCUGUGGCAGUACCCAGGUUGAUACAGAAGCUGAACCAGCAGACAAUAUUACAAGUUUCCUGUGGCAACUGGCAUUGCUUGGCUCUUGCAGCUGAUGGCCAGUUCUUCACCUGGGGAAAGAACAGCCAUGGGCAGUUGGGCCUGGGGAAGGAGUUCCCAUCCCAAGCCAGCCCACAGAGGGUGAGGUCCCUGGAGGGGAUCCCGCUGGCUCAGGUGGCUGCCGGAGGGGCUCACAGCUUUGCCCUGUCUCUCUCAGGAGCCGUGUUUGGCUGGGGGAUGAAUAAUGCUGGGCAGCUAGGACUCAGUGAUGAAAGAGAUCGCGAGUCUCCAUGCCAUGUAAAACUCUUACGUACGCAAAAAGUUGUCUAUAUCAGUUGUGGAGAAGAGCACACUGCAGUUCUCACAAAGAGUGGAGGUGUAUUUACGUUUGGCGCUGGUUCCUGUGGGCAACUUGGACACGACUCCAUGAAUGAUGAAGUUAACCCCCGAAGAGUGUUAGAACUAAUGGGUAGUGAAGUGACUCAGAUUGCGUGUGGCAGGCAGCACACCCUAGCCUUCGUGCCUUCUUCCGGACUCAUCUAUGCAUUUGGUUGUGGAGCAAGAGGUCAACUGGGAACUGGACACACUUGCAACGUUAAGUGCCCGUCUCCUGUCAAGGGUUACUGGGCUGCCCACAGUGGCCAGCUUUCAGCCCGAGCUGGUAAGAGUGAUUGUCACUGGAAUUUAAUGGUAUUUUAA